AUACAGGGACCCAGGGCCAAAUGGGAGAGGGCACAGGGCCAGGGGCCCCAGCCAGACAUAGACCCAGGUCUGCGGCUGGCUGGCUGUGGCUGUUGCGCCUGGCACCGUCUCAACAUGGCCCUGGAGCUCUACAUGGACCUGCUGUCAGCACCCUGCCGGGCCGUCUACAUCUUCUUGAAGAAGCAUGACAUCCCGUUCAACUUUCAGUUUGUGGAUCUGCUGAAAGGUCACCCCUACAACAAGGAAUACAUUAAGAUCAACCCCCUCAGGAAGCUGCCCAGCCUCAAAGAUGGGAAAUUCGUCUUAACUGAAAGCCCAUGGCAGCCAACUAUAAUGCCUUCCUGAACAGCUCUAAGGUAGCUGAGUGGCGCAUGCGGGUGGAGCUGAGUAUCGGCUCUGGCCUCUUUAGGGAGGCCCACAAUCGACUAAUGCAGUUGGCUGACUGGGACUUUUCAACAUUGGAUCCAGUGGUCAAGGAGAAAAUCU